AUGACUCGUUACGGAGAGAAACUUCAAAGAAGAAAUAGCGCCAAAAACCGUGGAAAGAAUGUUCGAAUUGAAUUUCUCAGAGAAGGAGAAAGGACUGUCUACUUCAAAGGAAGAUCGUGAGCUUCUAAAGAAAGUUGGAAGUGGAAUCGUGCAUCGUGAAGACUCACACUACGAAAUGCCAUUGCCAUUCAAGGAACAAAACUACUUUCGAUUCCUAUGGUGGCCCGACUCCGACUUGACAAAGGAACCCGUGGAUUACCACAUGACUGUCUAUUUGUUUGGUGGUGCAUCCUCGCCGGGAUGUUCCAACUUUGCCCUGAAGCGCACUGCUGGUGACCACGAUCAAGAAUUUGGAUCAGACAUAGCGGACACCUUGAGACAUAACUUUUAUGUCGAUGAUAUGUUUGAAAUCUGUGCCCACAGAUGAAAAGGCAAUCGAAGUGGUUCAAGGAACGAAACCAAUGUGCAGGAAAGGUGGGUUCAAGCUAAUCAAGUUUGUGAGUAACAGUGGAAAGGUACUCGACUCGGUUCCAGAAAAAGAACGAGCGAAAGAGAUCAAGGACCUAAACCUAGGGCAAGAUAAGCUACCAGUAGAACGGGUACUUGGAGUGUGUUGAUACGUUGAGUCGGACACACUGCAGUUUCGGAUACAGCUGAAAGAUCAACCCUGUACAAGAAGAGGGAUCCUGGCAACUAUCAGCUCGGUUCAUGAUCCUCUUGGAUUCAUCGCCCCGGUAGUGUUAGUGGGAAGAAAGAAGAUACUGCAAGAUAUCUGUAGCACCUGAGAUUGGGAUGAGCCUGUCGACAAAACGACACGAAUGCGUUGGGAGAAAUGGAGAAACGAACUUUUCCUGCUCGAAAACGUGAAAGUGAAAAGAAGCUCGAAGCCUACGGAAUUUGGAAAUGUCGAAUUAGCUCAGCUUCACACCAUGUCAGAUGCAUCUACUACGGGAUAUGGUCAAUGUUCCUACUUGGGAUUGGUGGCUGAACACGGGACCGGGGACAUGUUUCAUUCCAGAUGGGGAAGGCAAGAGUAGCACCAAAGAAGACAUUUAGCAUCCCGAGACAUGAGUUUGCAGCCGCUGCAGUCGCUGUGAAGAUGGCAGAUGUGCUGAGAGAUGAGUUGACCAACGAAGGCUCAAAAGAAUACUAUUGGACGAAUAGUAAGGUAGUCUUGGGCAACAUCAGUAAUGAGUCAAAGCUUAGAUAUUUCACGUUUAUGUGGCAAACAGAGUUCAACUGAUACAAGAUCUUUCUUCGUCAUCCCAAUGGAGAUAUAUAAACACUGCCGAAAAUCCAGCAAACGAUGGAUCACGAGGUAUGAUGGCCAAGCAGUUCGUUGAAAAAUCCAAGUGGCUCGAAGGUCUUGAGUUCUUGAAAGAUUCAGAAGAGACCUGGCUGAUGGGAGACGUUGUCGAAAGCAAGGUAGACGCAACUGAUCCAAAGGUGAAGGAAAACGUAAAUGUGAACGUGGUAACAGAGAAGAACGAUUGCUCAGCAGACUCGAUCGUUUUCCAAAUUUGAAUACGAUGAAGGCGGCAGUAACGAUCUGUCUAAGUUAUAAGAAGAAUUUAAAGGAGAAAGCAAUAACGAAAAAGGAUGAAUUAAUGACCCGAAAGCCCGAAAGUGAAAAAGUAGAACAAAGGCUCGAGAACGAAGGAGUAGAAAGGGUCUCGGCAAGUUCGUGGUUAUCGGUUGACGAAUUACGGAAAGCAGGGAUGGAAAUAGUCCAGGUGGUUCAAUCCGAGGCAAUUCCAGCGGAGAUAAAGAAUCUGAAGGAUAUUCAGGCUGAUUCCUCGUUAAGCAAUCGCCUUUCAGACAAGAAGAAGAAGGCUGUUUUGAAGAAAACGAACGUUUUUCAUAAGUUAGAUCCAUUCGUAGAUCCGACGGUAUUCUGA